AUCAAGAACGCAGCCUAUAGUGAGUAUUUAAAAAUUUUGGUCAAUAGUAAUCCACUCUGUAAUUAUUCUAGACCCACUUUUGGUUCACUGACCACCCAAUCGAGAGAGCUGCCCAAAAGCAAUGUCUGCACAUUGACCUCCCUCCCUCCCUCCUCCAUCUUCAAUUCAUCUCCACCAUGAAUCGCUAUGACCUGCUGCAUCCCAGAUCUAUCGUCUUCGCUCUGCUGUUCCUCUCCCUGCGGUUCUGUGCAGUUGCCGAAGACGACGUCCGGUGCUUGCAGGAGCUGAAGAACUCGCUGACGGACAGGGAGAGCAGGCUGAAUGGCUGGAGGUUCUCCAACACCACCCCGGGUUUCAUCUGCAGAUUCGAUGGGGCUACGUGCUGGAACGAGCAGGAGAAUCGAUUAAUCAGUUUGGACCUUCAGGAAUUCAGCCUCGCAGGGAGGAUUCCUAAUUCGUUGCAGCUUUGUUACAGCCUGCAAACCCUAAAUCUGGCAGGGAACGCUCUCUCAGGUCCGAUUCCUCCCCAAAUCUGCACAUGGCUGCCCUAUUUGGUGACUCUCGAUCUCUCGAGGAACAGUUUGACCGGAGAAAUCCCGGAGAAUCUCGCGAAUUGCUCGUAUUUGAACAAUUUGAUUCUGGAUGGGAACAAAUUGUCGGGAGCCAUACCCUACCAGUUCUCCAGCCUCCGGCGGUUGAAGAAAUUCUCCGUCGCGAACAACGAUUUGUCGGGGCGUGUACCGUCCUUCGACUACGAUUUAGAGCUCGACUUCGGCGGCAACAGCGGGCUCUGCGGCGGACGUUUGGGGAAAUGCGGCGGGUUGAGUAAAAAAAGCUUGGCGAUCAUCAUCGCCGCCGGAGUUUUCGGCGCCGCCGCCUCAUUGCUGCUCGGAUUCGGCCUCUGGUGGUGGUACUUCACCAGACCUGGCAAAAAGGGGUACGGACUUGGCCGGAGAGACGACGGCAGCGAUUGGGUGGAGAUUUUAAGAACACAUAAGCUCACACAGGUUGUCUUGUUCCAGAAGCCUCUCGUCAAGGUUAAGCUCGCCGAUAUAUUAGCCGCCACGAACAAUUUCAGCGCCGACACUGUGGUCGUCUCCGGCCGCACCGGGACGACCUACCGGGCGGCGCUGCCGGACGGCUCCGUCCUCGCCGUGAAGCGGCUUAUAUCAUGUCGGAUGGGGGAGAAGCAGUUCAGAAUGGAGAUGAAUCGGCUAGGACAGUUACGGCACCCGAAUUUGGUGCCAUUGUUAGGGUUCUGUCUCGUCGAAGAAGAAAAGCUUUUAGUUUACAAGCAUUUAUCGAAUGGAACCUUAGGUUCGAUACUAAGUAAUAAUGCCGCCGCCAUGGAUUGGCCGACGAGGUUCAGAAUCGCGGUGGGGGCGGCGAGGGGGCUCGCGUGGCUCCACCACGGCUGCAACCCGCCGAUCCUCCAUCAAAACAUUAGCUCGAACGUCGUAUUGCUCGACGAGGAUUACGACGCUCGGAUAAUGGAUUUCGGGCUGGCGCGCCUCGUCGCGAAUGUCGAAGGGAACGAAAGUAGCUUUGCUUUUGGUAAUUUAGGCGAAGUCGGGUACGUCGCGCCGGAGUAUUCGAGCACGAUGGUUGCGUCGGCGAAAGGGGACAGUUACGCCUUCGGCGUGGUCCUUUUAGAGCUGGCGACAGGGCUGAAGCCUCUCGACGUCGGGGCUGCCGCGGGGGAAGGGUAUAAGGGUAAUUUGGUGGAUUGGGUGAGUCAGCUUGUUGCGGCAGGUCGGGUUAAGGAUGCGAUCGACGCGCGGUUGUGCGGGGAGGGGCGGGAUGAUGAGGUGGUGAGGUUUGUGAGGAUAGCGUGCAAAUGUGUGGCGGCGCAGCCAAAAGAGCGGUGGUCAAUGUAUCAGGUUUACGAGUCGUUGAAGUUUAUGGGCCGGGAUCACGGGUUGUCGGAGGAUACCGAUGAGUUUCCGAUGCUGUUCGGGAAGCCGUUCGACUGGGAGCCGAGGCAUGAGCUGCGUGGGUGACGCUGUGUGUGUGUAUGUAGUUUGUGCAACACAAUGUUCCACUUUUGAUGAAUAUAUAUAGAUAUAUAUAUAUAUAUGUAUAGGUGUAUGUAUGUAUUGGAAUCGACAUUCUUGUUGGUUGAUGGAGUAUAUGUUGGUGGAAGCUGCUGCUUUUAUGUGGUUUUUGCUUCUUAGUAUGAUCGAACCUUGGAAUUUGUGUUGGGCACGAUGGCCGCGGGUCGGAAAUAGCCGACCCUAAAUUCGAUCUGAAUUUGAUGUACAUGGGACUUGACUCCAGAUAUACGACCGAAUGGACGUAUACUAGAUACAUCAAAUUUUAAGUAUAUGAUGUAAAAGAUGAGCUAAUGAUAUGGGUUGAUUUGUGAGAUCAAUAUUGACUUUUUUUCA